CAGGGCCUUAAAAGUUGUAUAAGAGUUCACAACACAAUGGAUCAAAAUGCUCUCAGACAUAACAUGCAACAGUUUAUCAAUGCUCAACAGGAGGCAGAGCGAAGGUGGAGAGAAAUUGAAACAAUAACUAGCCGAUUAAAUUCUACUAUAUCUGAAUGCCAUGAGUCAAGAUUUGGUCCCUUGAUUAAGAUGACCCCACAAGACGACCCUGAGGCCUUCCUAAAAAUAUUUGAGCGAGUGGCACAGCACUCUUUCUGGCCCAAGGAGACAUGGCCCUUGAAGUUAGCUCCACUUCUGUGUGGUGAAGCUCAGUUGGUCUAUGCUGAUUUGGAUGAUAUAAGUGCGCAGUCCUAUGCUAAAGUCAAGGAAGCAAUUCUGCAUCACUUUAGGUCGAAUUCUGACUCUUACCGACAGCAGUUCCAUUCACUAAAGUUGCUUCCUGGAGAGUCUCUCCGUGCUGUUGCUCAGAAAUUAAACAACCUAGCAAAUAAGUGGCUUAAGCCUAUGGAAACUGACAAAAUGAAAUUAUUUGACAAAGUUGUGUUGGGACAGUUCUUGGUGAUUUUGCCAAAAGAAAUUCAGAAUAAGGUGCAGAUGCAGCAGCCUGAAGAUCUGGAAUCUGCAAUUAAAUUUGCUGAGGAAUUGUCUGAAGUUUUAUCUGGCACUGAAGAAGGUUCUUCUCACCAAAUUUGCAGAUUAGCAAAUGACCAAAGGAAUAGCCCAACAUCGUCACGUAUACCUGAUAAAAUUCCACCGUCUGGAAAAAGAGCAGCUUUUGUUGUAAACAUCCCACCUAGACUCCAGGAGAAGGCUACAUCUAUGAGUCAUGAUGACUGGCUAUUACAACAGAGAACUAAAAAGAAAUUUAUAGAAGAUUGCUCACCUACUGUUAAAAAAAGGCGAUCGACUCAUGAGAAUGAAGAUCAUCUGAAAAUGUGUUAUAAAAUGGAAGACAAAUCAAGAGAUAUUAUAUCAAGGAUGUCUGAAAAAUUAAAAGAUUUAUCCUGCACUGGAAAAAAUGAAGCUUCUUUUUUAGAAGAGCUGAAAGGAAAGAUCUUCAAUUUAAAACGAAGAAACAUUUAUGAUGAAAUAUUCAUUGGAAUAUUUGGCAAGACAGGAACUGGAAAGAGUUCACUGAUUAAUGCUCUUCUAAAUGAAAUAUGCUUGCUGCCCACAUCAUCAAGACAAGCUUGCACAUCUUGUAUCGUCCAAGUGCAGGCUCAUGAAAACAACUACGAGUACAGAGCUGAGAUCGAGCUCAUCAGCAAAGAGGAAUGGGAAGAGGAGCUGAAAGAGCUGGUGGAGAACUGUAAAGAAGAUCAUGACCUGGAUGACAGUGAUGAUGGAGCAGAUACUGAAAGCGAAAGUGCAAAAGCAAAAAUAAAAGCUGUUUACGGAGAAGAUGGGCUAAAGAAAAGCUUUCAUGAAUUGGCUAUAGAUAAAACAAAUGAUAUUUUGAAAUCUUGCAGAAUAAUUAUUUCAGAAAAAACUGCAUCCCAGUUGUCAGAGAAGUUAAGCCCUUAUAUAAGAUGUGAUGCAGAUGACGAAACCCACCAGUCUUACUGGCCCCUGGUUAAGGUUGUUAAAAUUUAUGUGCCAAAAACAUGUCACCUACCAAGCCAAGUGGUACUGGUCGAUCUUCCAGGAACUGGAGAUUCUAAUAAAGAGAGAAACAAAAUGUGGAAAGAGUAUAUUAGCAAGUGUUCUUGCAUUUGGAUUGUUACGGAAAUCACACGAGCAGAAUCUGACAGAAACACAUCAGAAAUCUUUAAUACAGGACUGAGAGGCAUUGCCGGUGGAGGAGAGUGCCAAAACAUAACCAUCAUUUGCACCAAAACGGAUGAAAUUGGCAUUCCAAGUGAUUACAAAAUACAGGGGAUUUCAGAACAAGCAGGCCCAAGUGAUGAAUGCAAAUUAAAAAGAGAGAUUAUACACCAAAGAAAUAAAAAAGUCAAACAGAACAUUAUUGACAAAUGCAACAACAAAGUAAAAAAAUUUCUCUUUGGCUCUGAGGAAAAUUCUGGUAACAGUCCUAUUGAAGUAUUUACAGUGAGUUCUAAGGAAUACUGGAAUAUUACACAAAGAAAAAAGAAUAUCUUAACAUAUGAAGAAACUGGACUCCCAUUACUGAAAGAGCAUUUGAAGACAAUUUAUGCCAAUCAAACCAAGAAAGCAGUAGAGAAUUAUGUUUCUGAGGUGUCUGGGAUUAUAUCCUUUCUUAAUGUUCCUAAAGAAAAUGCAGAAGAGAAGGCAGAAGAAAAUGAAAUGCUGUAUUGCAAGCUGAGCAAAAAUCUUCAAACCGAGAUUAGAAGUUUGGCCAGUUUCUUUGAACGGGUUUAUAAAAAACUAGAAACAGAAUUGAUGCAAGGUGUGGUAAAUGCUGAGAAAGAGUGUCUAAAAAAACUUCUACGACUGUUAAAACCUCCAAGAACAAACUUCAGUGGUUACCAUCAGACCAUUAAAGCUUUAUGCAGGAACUCUGGAUGUUUUCGCUCUUACAAAGGUGAUAUCCUUGAUCUCAACAAUGAAUUAGCAUCACCAAUCUAUGCAGCUGUGGAUAACACCCUAAAAAGCACCUUCUUGUUUGAGAGGAAUACAAGAAGAAAUAUAAAAGCAGCCCUAGAUUUAUUACAGACAAAUUUUCAGGAAGAUGAAACAUUUAAAGGAAAGAAAGCUGCACAGUCUUAUCGCCUGGUGUUCAUUAAAACGGAACUGAAAUGGGUUUUGGCAGUCCUCGAGAAAAAAAUCCUUUACAGAAAAAAAAUUAUCUACAACAGUAUCGCUGUGUCUAUUCAAGAUGAAAUGAGUCCUGUUUAUACAGAUGCCAGUGAAAAGAAUGGCCAUCAAUGUAUGAAAAAAAUUCAAGAAAUGCUUGAAUAUAAAGUAAAAGAAUCCCAAAGCUACAUGUUCAAAGAGGCAAUGCAAAAAAUGCUAACAGACUUCACUAAAUUAAAGGAUGAGGUAAAUGAAAUUUUAAAACAAAAAAUGGAAGCAUCAAUGAAGCUGGCAUUGGCACAAUUUCCAAAAGGAUUGCGUUUUCCAGAUUCCUUAGAUGAACUGGAGGAGAUGAAGACCCUCUGUGAUAUUUUGAAUCUUAAUAUUUUUAGUUAAAAUCUCAAAUUUACAUAAACCUUUAUAAGCAAAAGAAAAUGUUGCACAUUUGCCUUACUUUCUAAUACUGUACAUUUUAUUUAAAUUCAUUUUAGAGUUAAAUACUCACAUGCACCGACUUACUGACAUUAACUGAAAAGAGUUAAUAAGAAAAGUUAUAAAUAUCAACAAUAUUACUGUUACUUUUAUAUAUAAAUCAGUCACAUGGUGUUAUGCAGCCUUAAAUCUUUAAUUUAACAAAGGAAAUACAAAGCUGACUUUUCAUACCAUUAAUGUCUUUCUCCACUGCAUUUUGUGUAUCUCCAUUGCCACUCUUUCUUAGACAGCAUGACAAUUUUAAUAUCCUUCCUAAUCAAAUGAGGGACUUGAAAGUUAUUUAAUAUUAAUGGAAAUAUUUUUUGCUACUGAAAAUAAAAUAAAUUC